AUGCGAUCGCCAAGCUCGAUGGGAACCGUAGCAAACGACAACAAAGUAGGACUCUCCGCCGCUACUAUUCCUUCGUAUUCUCUAUCGUCUCGUGAUUUUUGGACGCUUCUAGGCAUCGUCUUUGUUGUGUUGUUGCUACUGUCCUUUGCGUUGGCUAAUUUUGUAGCCUGGUGCCUGCAAUUACGUCGAGAACGCCGCAUCCAGCUUAAAACAGAGGAAGUAGCAGCUGCAUCUAAAGAGACACAUGCUCAUUCCGUACCUGUGACUAUCUUAACGGGUUUUCUGGGCGCUGGAAAGACCACUUUACUCAACCGAAUCUUGCUGACCAAAGAUCAAUUGCCAUACAAGAUCAUGGUCCUCGAGAAUGAGGUAGGGGCCAUCAGUAUCGACCACACGCUGUUACAGGCAGGAGGAAAGGAAAAGGACGGGAUUUACGUUUUGAAAAACGGCUGCAUGUGCUGCACAUCUCGCGGAGGCAAAGGAAAGGGCGGCGACGAAUUGGAACGAAUCCUGGACUAUUUACUACACCUGAUACAAGAGGAGAGCUUUGACUAUCUUAUGGUGGAGACUACAGGUCUUGCAGAUCCAGGACCAAUCAUUGAAACGUUUUUGAAGUUGAGAGCGUCAAGAUUUCGACUUGAUGCAAUUCUCACAAUGGUGGAUGCCAAAGCAACGCAGAUAUAUUGGAAGGAAGAAAUGCAAGUGUAUGAGUUCCCGAUUGAGUUACAGCGGCAAAUUUUGUAUGCGGAUCUCGUUGUGUUGAACAAGGUGGAUUUGGCUACGGAAGAAGAGUGUAAGAGACUGGAAAAGACACUGGUUAGUAUAAAUGAAGAAGCAACGGUUUGUAGCUGUGUGAAUGCUGAUGUAGACCUGGACAAGGUCUUGAAUGUGAAGACGUUUGAUGCAGUGCGUUUUAAUACGCAAAAUAAAGCUGCUAAUGGAGGAAAUGGAUGCAUGCAAGCUCGCGGUCAACAUACAGGAGACAUUAGCACAAUUCACUUUGAGGUCGAGCGCGAUGUGGACGUCGCUGUAUUCGGUGAAUGGCUUUCUGAGGUUGUUACACGAUAUGUAAAAGGUGCUGACGUAUUCCGUGUAAAGGGCGUUCUAUCGGUGACUGGAGAUGCUAAAGAUCGCCGUUGUGUCGUGCAAGGGACGCUGGAUACGUACACAAUUGCACCAGGAACGGUCUGGAAGGCUGGAGAGCAGCGCGUUUCCCGUCUUGUUCUCAUUGGGCAGGGUUUUGAUCAUGCGGAACUCGAACGCGGGUUUCAGAGCUUUUUGGUCGAUGCCAACAGCGGUAGUAACAACGAAUUGAAAAAAGAGCGGUGA